AAGUGCUACUCAAUCUGGUCAAUACCCUGCGCAGCGGCUUGUCUACGUCUAGGCCCCAAUGUCGAAAAGACGUCUGUUUUAGAGGAGCACAACGUUGUGAGACUGGCCACGUUCUCACUCUCAGGUGGAUGACCAGUGACCUGCAGCUGCAGAAGUGAACACAGGUCUGGUGGCAAUUCUAACGUGGUCUGUAGUGUAGCCAUCAGGCAUCACCUGGUUAACAACAAGUGUGCGUUGAAACCUGCGCAGCAGCGAGGCCGCUCGUAGGGUUACGGAAAAGUGGAGACACACCGAACGCUGAGCAGGCUACAGAACACUGAACAGAAGUAGGCUUGCGAGUGUCAGAAGGGAUGGCAGUUAGCGUGCUAAUGUUGAUCCUGGGCCUCACAUAUACUGCAUCUGCACAGUCACUGGCUACAAAGCUCACACCACAACAGUUAGAGAUCAUCAAGAGGACUGGCCACCAUCCCGAUGUAGUUCUCUACCCACCAAUAGAGAAGAUUGUUCUCCCAAUGCCUACUAUUCACCCUGUCAACACUGUUGACGAGAACACGUUCUCAUCAGGCACUAUCGCCGGAAUAGCGUGUGGCAGCGUCAUCCUGCUAGUGGACCUUGCCAUUGUCUACUAUGUCUGGAAGAACCGAGAGAGUGACCACGUCGUCUCCAGUGCUAGCAGUGAGAAGUGAACGAGGAACAUCGGCAGCUCUGCCGUCACCCCGAUGUCAUCGGGCCAAGCGCUGGCCAAGUCGCCUCCAGCCGCAGUGUGGACUGCCUGACGGCGGUCUGGGAGAAUGUUUCGCACUCGUCCAGUGAAUGCACUCAGCUGCCUCUCCAAACGGAUAGCCUCACGGAGAGCCCGAAUGAUGUAGCUGAUGCUUGGAUUGCGAAGUAACUUGAACUAGACUAGCAAUACGAGAGCUUAGCCGGGAUAGAAGAGAAAAAGCUGAACAAGUUUGCCGUUCAAGCAGGAAGAGCGCAAGUGAGCACUUUGAACAUUCAUUUUAUGAUCAAGCCUGCAUGCAUCCGAGUUGUAUCUCUUCUGUAUUUUCUCUCUCUCUCUCUCUCUCUCUCUCUCUCUCUCUCUCUCUCUCUCUCUCUCUCUCUCUCUCUCUCUCUCUCUCUCUCUCUCUCUCUCUCUAUCUAUCUAUCUGUCUCUCUCUCCCUUCCUCCCUCUCUCUAUACCAGCAUUCUUUUUUUCUUCAUAAUGUGCUCCUGGUCGUGGCUUCUGGCUGUACAUCCCAGAGGAACACAUUCGCUUUUUAUCAUUUUGUUCUAAAACAUUAACCUGAACCUUUUUUAACCUGAACAUUUUUCUAUGCCCACUUUUCCUAAGAUGGGCAUGCGUUGACGCUAUGUCUCUCAGCACCUGCAUCCAUAUUAUAGUGCGGCAUUGGACCCGGUGCAAGUUGCCGCGCAGUUAUGUGCUGUUCUGCGCUGUUCCUCAA